AUAAAAAUUCACAAUCGUAAAUAAUGAAUGAUCUCUAAUCUAUUCCAUUCUCCAUUUGAAAUCCAACAAUGAGAGUGCAGGCGCUAAGGUGAAAUUGAAUUUUUAUUCAAAUUAAUUUUGUAAAGAAAAACCCAAAGACGAGAACGGAAAAAAUGUCGACGGAACCAAUGGAUUGGGAUUCCUCAAACUACAAACCCUACACACUUUCUCAAACCCUAACCGGUCACAAACGCGCCAUCUCCGCCGUUAAAUUCUCCUCCAACGGCCGUCUUCUUGCCUCCUCCUCCGCCGACAAAACUCUCCGUACCUACGGUUUCACCAAUUCCGAUUCCGAUUCCGACAGCCUAACCCUAUCUCCUAUGCAACAAUACGAAGGCCACGAACAAGGCGUUUCCGACCUCGCUUUCUCCUCCGAUUCUCGUUACCUAGUUUCAGCCUCCGACGACAAAACCCUCCGGUUAUGGGACGUUCCAACCGGAUCACUCGUGAAGACUCUUCACGGUCAUACAAACUACGUUUUCUGUGUUAACUUCAAUCCUCAGUCGAAUAUUAUCGUUUCUGGUUCGUUCGAUGAGACUGUUAGGGUGUGGGAUGUUAAGUCUGGGAAGUGUCUUAAGGUUCUUCCGGCGCAUUCUGAUCCUGUUACAGCCGUUGAUUUUAACCGCGAUGGGACUCUCAUUGUUUCUAGUAGCUAUGACGGUCUUUGUAGGAUUUGGGAUGCUUCCACUGGUCAUUGUAUGAAGACUCUCAUUGAUGAUGAGAAUCCUCCUGUUUCUUAUGUCAAGUUUUCACCCAAUGCUAAGUUUAUUCUUGUUGGUACUUUGGAUAACAAUUUGAGGCUUUGGAACUAUUCUACCGGGAAGUUUCUGAAAACUUACACUGGUCAUAGUAAUUCAAAAUACUGCAUUUCGUCAUCUUUUUCUAUAACAAAUGGGAAGUAUGUUGUUGGUGGUUCGGAAGAUAAUAGUAUAUACUUGUGGGAUCUGCAGUCGAGGAGAGUAGUUCAGACAUUGGAAGGUCAUUCUGAUACUGUUGUGUCUGUCUCGUGUCACCCUACGGAGAACAUGAUUGCUUCGGGUGCUCUCGGCAAUGAUAAGACUGUGAAGAUAUGGACUCAACAGAAAGACUGAUUCAAUUUGGAGUCUGGGAAAAUGUUCCAAUGAAUUAGUGAAAAUUAAGAUAGCAGUAACUGAAUACUUGCAAUGAUACCUUUUAGCUCAUUUUGCAGUUUAGGACUUGGGUUCAGAAACUUUAUAGCAUAUGUAGUUGAGAUCAUUAUUAUUUACAGUCUGCUCAGAAAAUGGUUUCAAGAAAAUUGAGUUGAUGGAUGAAAAUGUGAAUUUAUGAAAAUAAUGAUGUUUUGGUUGUUUAAUAAUAAAAAAAUGUAUGUGCUGUGAAAAUUUAAGGUUCCCUCUAGUUCUAUAAUAUUGGAUUAAUUGCAUACACAA